AUGUUCGGGGGGCCGGGCAGAGCCGCCACCUGCCACGGGAGGCAAAGGGAACAGGGAUCAGCCGCGGCACUCCAUGGCCCGUCGGGACCCGGCCCCAUGGGCAGGGGGACGGCCCAGCUCCCACCUCCUCGUGGCCCAGCUCGCCACCUCUCGUAUCCCGGCCCCCCACCUUCUCGUAUCCGGCCCCCACCUCCUCGUAUCCCGGCCCCCACCUCGCACUCCACUCCACCUCCUCGUGUCCCGGCCGCCCCCUCCGCGCUCCCGCCUCCCGCCCGGCUCCCGGCUGUCCGCGGCGCGGGCGCAGGGGCCGCCGGGAGCUGUAGUUCCGCGGCCAAUGGCGGCGGCGGGCAGGCCCAGGCCAGAGCCGGCCCCACAGUGCCGCUCGCCAGCGGCCGCAGCAUCCCGGUGCUGGGGCUCGGUAAGAGUGGCGGCGGGCCCGGCCGAACCCGCCUCCCUGUCAGUGGGCGUUGUGAGCGGGCGGGGGUCACCGCGGGGCCCGGCUGGCCGGCCGACCCGGCAGGUUCGGCGCUGCCUUUGGCCCGCAGCCGGGCUCGCCUCGGGGCAGCCCGGGCUAAGCCUCCUGCCGAGCUGCCCGUGCCGAGCCGGGCAGGCCCGGUGCUCCUCCGAAAGCCCUUUUAUUGCCCGGUGGAGCUUCGUGCUCCUGCUGAAUGGGACCUGCAAGGCGUGCUGGGACACGGGUGCUGUUCUGCGGGGACAGCAGCCCUCCCCUUCCCUCGCCUGCCCCGGGGCGUUGUGCCGCGGUUUGGUGUUUUGGGUACUUCCCACCACGGUGGCUAUUCCCACAAUGCAGUGGUCCACGCAUUACAAAAAUGUGGCAUUCGUCACAUUGACACAGCAAAAAGAUACGGCUGUGAAUCUCUCCUCCAAAAGGCCAUCAAAGAGAGUGACGUGAAGCGAGAGGAUCUCUGGAUAACUACCAAACUCUGGCACAGUGAUUACGGCUAUGAAAACACAAAAAAGGCCUGCUUGGAGUCAUGUGAAAGACUUGGCAUUGAAUAUCUUGAUCUGUAUUUAAUGCACUGGCCUGAUGCACAUGUUCUGGGUAAAAGCAAUCGAGAGGUCCGAGCUGAAACCUGGAGAGCGAUGGAAGAGCUCUAUGAGAAAGGUUUGUGUAAAUCAAUUGGCGUAAGCAACUUUCUUAUCAGCCAUCUUGAGCAACUAAAGGAAGACUGUGUCAUUACUCCACAUGUUAAUCAGGUUGAAUACCACCCUUUCCAAAGACCUCAGGAGCUGGUUGAUUAUUGUAAGAGCAGAGAUAUUGUCUUUGAAGGCUACUGUCCUUUGGCCAAAGGGGAAGCACUAACUCAUCCUGCUAUCAUUCAGAUGGCAAAGAAGUAUGGCAGAACUCCAGCACAGAUUUGCAUACGCUGGAGUAUACAGAAUGGGAUUGUCACUAUUCCAAAGUCAACAAAAGCGGAAAGGAUAGAGGAAAACUGCAAGGUGUUUGAUUUUACAAUAGCAGAAGACGAUGUUGGAAUUCUGAAUGGAAUGCAUGAUGGAAGACAUGUUUCCUGGGAUCCAAGCCUUAUUGAGUGAACGAAGGUGUGAUGAGCAGUUUUGCACAUUGUGCCUCACUAAGAGCCAUUGUUUUCUACUAGAAGCUAUUAAUUGCCCUAGGAGACUGGAACCCUGUUAUCUCCUGUGUCCUUGAGAUAAGUCACUGGAGCCUCUUCCUUUGAAUACGGUUUUUGAUUUUAAUCUGAGGAAAGAAGAUAAGGAAUUUUUGAACACUAUGAAUAUCAACAGAAAAUUAAUUCAUCUAACCUAUCCCCUGUGGAAACUAUAAUUUAAAACCAGAUUGUUCUAGAUUGCAAAAGUGAUGCAACUGAAGCAUUAAUUCAUUUUAAACUGAAAAAUAAAUCCGAAUUGUUCUCUUAGAUAUUCAGAGAAUACCUAAGAAUUAUCACUCAAGAUUCAGUAUCAAUGUCAUGAGAAUUUUCGGGGAUUCUGGAGGCCACUCUGGAUACUUUCUUGGUGAUCAGACCUGCUCUCUUGGUACUGUUUUAAGGAUCCCUGUUCGUGACCCAGCACUUAGGGAGGAAUGGCUCUCUUUGGGGUCUAAGUUGUGUCAGAAUGAUUAAAAGUACAUUUUGCUUAUAUGGAUAAAGAUUUUUGAAGGUACAAAAGAGUGAUGUGUUGGAGA